AUGGAACCAAUUCCAUCAUUAAUUGAAUUUGAUGAGUUAUAUAAAGAGAAUUUAUUUUUAAAAAAACAAAUAAAUCAAUAUAAAGUUGAAAAUGAACAAUUAAAAUAUGAUAAAAAUCAAAUGAAAAAAAGUUUAGAAAAAGCAAGAUUAAUAAUAGUCGAACAAAGAAAAAAAAUUAUUUCACCACCACCAAUUGUAGAUUCAUUUGGAAAUGUUCAAAUUUCAACUCCUUCUUCAACUAUUUCCUCUCCUUCAAUUGGUAAACAACUUCAAUCACAAUCACAACUACAACAACAAAUAAAUAAACAAUAUCAAGAUUCAACAAUAAAAAAUAUUUCAAACGAAACUUUAAAUAAUAAUAAUAAUAAUAAUAAUAAUAAUAAUAUUAAUAACUCAAAUGAUUUUGAAAUUGAAAUUAAUUUAGGUUCAAGUAAGAAAUCAUCACCAAUGAUUAAAAGUUUUUCAUUACCAUCAAUUAAUAUACCAUUUUUUUCAUUUCAAAAUAAUAAUAAUAACAAUAAUAUUAAUAAACUAAAACAAUUUGAUGAAGAAGAACAAAUUGAAAUUGAAUAUCCUAUUGAAUCAAUAUCGACAACACCAUGUUCAUUUAAUAGUGAAUGUUCAACACCUAAUGGAAGUGUAUCAAUACCAUUUUGUUUAAGUAAAUCCCUACCUAGUAUAGCUACAAAUUUAAACAUCAACAACAAUAAUAAUAACAAUAAUACAAAUAAUACAAAUAAUAAUAAUGGAAUACUAUUGGAAACAAUUAAAAAUAUGUUAAAAAAGAAUAAAGAUAAAACAAAAGAGCAAGAGCUAUUAAUUCGUCAAUUAAAGCAACAGAAUACAAUUUUAUUAGACUUAAAUAAUUCAUUCAAAGAAAGAACUGAAAUUUUAGAAAAAAAAGUCAUUUUAAAUAAACAACAAUUAAAUAAUAAUAAUAUUAAAAAUGAUAAUAAUAAUAAUAACCAAAAUAACAAUAUUAAUAAUUUUAAUAGAUCACCAUCAAAAUUAUUAAAUAAUAUUAGAUUAUCACCUUUAGUAUGUUCUUCAAAUAUUCCUAAUAAUAAUACUAAUAAUAACAAAAAUAAUAAUAAUAAUAAUAAAAAUAAGCAACAACAAAAUGAUGUUCAGUUAGAAGUAAUUGUAUUAUAA